CCGUUAGCAUGAUUAGCACAUAAAUGCUGUCACCGUGUUGGAACAGAAUCGGUAGAAAUGGACAUUUUAAGAGACGAUGAAGAGCAUGAGCUGAAAUACAAACGUUCGGGCCGUUUGGAUAUGAGCCACGGCUUCCUGCACCAUAUCCGGAGGAACCAGAUCGCUAGAGACGACUAUGAUAAAGAAGUGAAGCAAGCCAAAGAGCUUCAGCGACGGAGGCACACCACAACCCCUAGACGUCCCCGUCGACCAGACAUCCAAGUGUACCAUCCUCGACGAAGGCAUGGUUCGGAGCCAGGGACCAGUGCUGAGGCUGAGGAGUGGAAUGAGAGCGGGUCAAGUACAGAGACGGAGACCCAAGGAACUGAACUCUUCUGGCUUGACUAUCAGGCGGACUCUGGUACCAUUACAUCCUUCCUUGUGCACAAGGAGGAUAAGCCUGGGAAGGUAGUAGAACGUGUCGCAGAGAAGAACAUGUUGGAUUCAGCCAUGAGGACAGUUCUAGAGGCCCGGAUACAAAAGGAAAUGGACAAAAGACGAGACAAACGCUGAGUUCUAAUUUCAUACAUUAGAUGAUGACGUAAUGGCUGCAGGAAAAAACCUGUGGAGCAAUACUUAAUUUAUAGUUCUGUGCUCCUGAUAAGCAUCGGCACUGUGGACAGUGUUCGGGGCAUAACAAAGAACUCCAGGAUCCUGUACAGUGAAGGUCAGCAGAGACUCAGUGUAAUAUCCCACACUCAAGUGGAGUCUGCACAGAGACAGCACUUGUAAUGGACAGUAUGGUCAGGCGUGGUGUUCAUGUUUACUACAUUUUGCUCACAUUGGACUGUUACCUCAUGUCCAGAUUCAUGUCUUUAGGGACACGUUAUACUCCUUCAAGAUGACUGGACCUGUAAAAUGAUGUUGCUUUCUAACAGUUGAAAUGUUUUAAGUUGGCACUAUUUGACAGGGAGCACUGUUAAUAUUUGUCUGCUAACGAACAUGUCCUGUGUUGCUUGUGUUUACAAAGAUCUGUUUUUUUAUAAACAAGAUUGAAACUUUUUGGGAAAGUGCUGUGAACAGGACACAGAUCUGUCGGUAAACACCUGUUUAGAAAUGUGAGAAUUCAGUGUCAUGUUGAGUUGUUUUGUGUUUCAGCACCUCGGUAUUGUAAUUUAUUUUUGGUUACUUUUUAUUUUUGAUACUGUAAUAUUUUCUGAGGACACAAACUAUUUACACAUAAAAUGGCAUAUUCAUAAAAGCC